ACGAAGGCCAACAAUAUAUUAGUUACCAUAGGACUCCUGUGAGCAACCAUGGCACGUAGAGUUAAAUCAGUUUCUUCUUCCGAUGUUUCGCUUUCCGUUGAACCUUUCGACAUUCUUAAAGAUACUGAGAAAGGUUUCAACGAAAUAAAAUGUUUUACGUGGAAAAAUAUAGCUGGGACCGAGAUUAAAGUUAUUAAUUUUGGAGCUUGUAUUACUUCGAUUUGUGUGCCAGAUAAAUACAACAAGUCCAGGGAUAUAGCGGUAGGAUAUGACACUUUGGAUGGGUAUCUAAAACCCGACAAUCCUUACUUCGGUGCUACCAUUGGAAGGUUUGCUAACAGAAUUGGGAAAGGAAAAAUGAAAAUAGAAAACCAAGAGUACAAACUAGCUACAAAUAAUGGACUCAAUCAUCUACACGGAGGCAUCAAAGGCUUCGAUAAGGUCGUCUGGGACUACUCAGUCAAUGGAAACAAAGUCACUUUAAGUUAUCUUUCGCCAGAUGGUGAAGAAGGCUAUCCUGGUUCUUUGGUGGUAAACGUAACGUUUGAACUAACCGUCAGUAACAUGUUUAUAAUAAACUACAAGGCGAUGACCACGAAACCAACUGUUGUAAACCUAACCAACCAUUCCUACUUUAACUUGGCUGGUAAUGAUGCUGGGGCUAAGGAGCUGUACGACCAUGUGGUUAGAAUUAAUGCUGACCAUUUCACGCCCGUUGAUGAGAAUCUCAUUCCUACAGGUCAACUUGCAAAGGUCGAGGGUACCGCCUUCGAUUUGAGGAAGCCGGUUCGUCUGGGCGACGUAAUCAACAAGGUUCCUAAAUCACCCGGCUUCGAUCACAAUUUCUGUGUCAAUCGCGAAAAUUCCCGGAAAGACGCCGACAAUUUUGUUGCAAGCGUCGUUCAUCCAGCUACUGGUAGAUCGAUAGAGGUGUAUAGUGAUCAGCCCGGAGUACAGUUUUAUACAGGAAACUUUUUGCCCGAAAAUAACAGCAUUCCUGGAAAGGAUGGUGGAUCUAUUAAAAAACACGGAGCUUUUUGUUUAGAGACUCAAAAUUAUCCUGAUUCCAUUAAUCAAGAAAAAUUUCCGAGUCCUCUACUCUAUCCUGGAGAAGUCUAUGAAACCACAACUAAAUUUAGAUUUUCUACGAAAAUGUUAUAAACUUGUUUAUUAGUUGUAAAAUACUAACCAUGUGAUUUUAUUGUUUUAAUUAAAGUACCAUGUUGCAAUUGAAAAA